GCGGGGCGGGGCGGAACGCCGCUGGGGCCGGGCCUCGUGCCCUGCUGGGCCGGAGACGGCGGGGGAAAGGAAGCAGAGGUGUUUCUUGGCUGCGUGUAAGGCUGCGUCCUGUUGCACCAUGACUACUACCUCAUCAGAUGGCUCUGGUGACUGUGAAAAGCAGCAGAAGGAAUUGAACCAGAGUUAUGCUAGUUCUGUCCUUGACUAUUCAGAAGACACCUGGGAACCCUUCAGUGAGGAAGAAGUAGCCUCCUGCCAGCAUGAGAGCAAAUCAUCUGAAUUGUAUUGUUCCACAGAAAAUACAAAACAUUCUGCUGUGUUGGAUCCAGGGGAAAGCAUGUUGAUGGCAGGCCAAAGUCAUACAGAAGAGCAGUCUGAAGUAGUUGAAUCUGCAGCUGCAGAAAGAGAUUUCAUUGGAAAAUUGAUUGAUGUCCUAAAAAAUAAGGAAACUGGCAUUAAACAAGAAAAAUUUGUCAUCAAAACUCGUGCUGAAAUUACUGAGUUAUCAGAGGAAGAACUGGAUGCUCUCCAGUCUUUUUGCAUCAUUAAGAUAAGGAGGUUGCUGCAGGAGCUGAUCUCUAAGCAGGCAAGUGGGGGCAAGUCAAGAAAGCAGCAACGUGGAUUCACAUCAAAGGCAUCAGAGGCAAGUGACUGGAACUGCAUUGUUCCCCAUCAGCUGCUGAACAGAAUCCGUCUGAAAAACUUCCGGGAGACCAUUAAACAGGUGACAGAAGCUCAAGUGCACAAAUCUUCACUGUGCCCUGACUGUCAGAAGAAGGAGGCAGAGCUAGCCAAAAUUGCUUUUCUCAGACAGAAGAAGAUACUACUGGAAAGAGCUCUACUCCGGGAAAAAUUGGAAGAACAAAUUUACUCCAGAGAUGUGCUCAUGCUUAUAGGAGAAACUCUCAGAAGCUUUCCUAAACUUUCAGAGGAUUCCAGGAACUUAUGGCAAAAGCUGAAAGGCAAAGCUGAAGGAAUGGCUGCAUUCCGUGAACAUCUGAAAUCAUCAGCUUCAUUGAAAGAAUGAGGACCAGAAAUUUUAAAUGAGUUUCCUGAUUACUGAUGCAAGAGGAGGAAAAGAUUGCAAGUUAUGGAAGCACUUGCAUUACCUCAUUCCAGCAUUGAUCAGAUCUGUAAAUCAACAGAAGGUUUAAAUCUUGUUCCUGGAAAAGGAAUGAUGUCUAUUGGGAUUCUGAUUCUCCUUAAAGCUGCAAAAGGCUUCGAUAACUUUGAGGGAUAGACUGUGUAUGACAAAAACAACUUUAGUGCAGAUCCUGAUACCAUCUUAUCAGCACUGAGAGAUGCUGAGCAAAACAGCCUCUGCUGAUUUGGAUGGCAGCUGCAGGCUGUAAGCUCUGCUUAGGAUGUUUGCUUUUGAGUUAUUCCAGAACAACCGACAUGGACAGGUGUCUAUGCUUAAUGUGGACUGUAAAUGUAACAUACUAUUUUCUUGGGCAUUCAGUUUAUAAGUACCCAUAUGGAGCUACUUCUGCUCUUUUUUUCUUUUCUUUUUAAAGGUUUUAAUUUUAAUUAAGUAAUUGCUGAAGAGUAGGGCAAUUAAAGAAACAGACUUGUAAGACUUAGGCUCUCUCUGAAAUUGAUACUUAUCCCACUGCUUUGAUUACUGACUCCUCGUGAUAGUGUAACACACUCAUUUAGUAUAACUAUGAUUUGAUAAAUGCCAGUAGCUGUUCAUGUGUGAUUACAGCCUUCUCAUAACUGCAUGUUUUUGCAAAUACUGCUUUUUGUUCCUGCACAAUUCAAAUCCUUGUGGAAGCUACUGAUGCCUGUUACCAUUAAGAAACUGCAACUGAAUCAUGCUGUAGACGGAAUGCUCGACGAAUUCCCAUCUCAAAUCAGUGCUAGCUAGAUGUACCUGCUUCAGGUAUAUACUGGUGUAAAGAAAGUUUAUCAUCCUGAUCAAUGAAAUCUUAGUAUAACAUUUUUAGGGUAGCUUUGAAACUGAGUAUUAAAAGCUCCCAAUUGGCAUGCUGACUGAGGCUUAUGAAUGCUGCAAUAAAACAUGUUGGGAAGAGACAUACAUGGUCUGUUAGCCCUUUCAAGUGCUCAUAUCUGGGGAAGGAGUUGGAGUGUAUUUUUUUGGGUUUGAAUUUGAAAAACAGUGCUGUAUCAUAGUGCUGUUCUCUAAACAGUUGAGCAGAUCUGUUCCUUUGUGAUGUUCAUUUAGAACUAGUUUUUUAACAUGCAGUGAAGCCUACGUCAAGAUUUCUUUUCUCAAGACAGCACACAACAGUCCUCAGAGGAUGGAUUUUCCAGAUAAGCCACCCUCUGGUUUUCCUUAUAAAGGAGCAAUCUUCUAUUGCUAGCUGAAAAAUGUAUCCUAUUAAAAAAAUGUGCUUUAUUUUCCCUUUGA